AUGAGAUUCCUUAUUCUUUUGAUCAUGUAAGUUCAUCGAAAAAACUAGAUUAGGUUUUUCUAACUAAAUAUAAAAAAUAUGGGGAGACCUUGGUAUCUGUCAAUGAAACAAAAACUUAUAAAAGAUAGGUUUUUUGGAAAAAAUUGUUCCUGUUAGAAAGUAGAAAAAAGAAAGAAGAUGUUGAACUCUAGUAUUUUACACCUGGUUGUUUUGUAAGUUUUGAAAAGUCUGACCUCAUUAGAGCAUUUUUGUUGUGAUUUCAAAUCUGAAAAUGGCAUACGAUUUUUAAAUAAGCUUAAAAAAGCUUCGAAGAUAAGUGGAGCACGUGAGAAAACACCUGUUAUUUCUCUAUUUUUUUGAGAAAAAUCAAAAACAAAUAUUUUUGAGACCAAAUUAUCAAAAGAGCAUAUUUGUUCUCGGCGAACAAAAGGAACAUGUUUUUUGUUUGAUUUUUGACUUUCAAAGAAAUCUUAUCAUUUCCGAACGGAGAUUUUUGAUACCUUGUUUUGAAAAAAAUUAAUUAUCUAUAGGUUUUCCUUUUGCCUGAACCCCUCAAAAAAUCUUCCAAGUCACUUUUUGAUAGCAAAAUCACAAUCACAAAGCAAAAUUCUUGAUAAUUAUGCGAAAAGUCACGUAAUCACACAAAUCAACUGUGUAUUUUUGUUCAAUCGUUUUUUUUUCUUUGAUUUGAUUCGAUUUGAUAAGAACAAGUUCCUCUCAUCAGUACACAGUCAGUCAUUCAGUUCUAUGCUUUUUUGUUUAAAGGCACACGUGGAAUUCGUGUGAUUUUUGAGGUGUGAAAUGUUGUCUAUGAGUAGAGUAAAACAAAAAACACUGUGUACUUCCGCCGUUUUUGGAAUUGAGAAAGGAAGGAAGGAAGUAGGGUCGAGGCGUUUCUAAGAAGAUUUUUUUGCCUUUUGUCAACCAUGUGAAGUUUUCACAUUGCAAUUUAGAAUUUUAAAAAAAUGCCCUUAAAAUAUUUUAAAAUUCAAAGUACACGUUCACGUCUAAUUUUCAUUUUCCCUCAUUUCUUGAAAUAUUUUGUUUUCUGAAUAGUAGGACAGAAAAAUUGAUGUUUCUUAAAUGGAAACCACUACGUGAGUUUUGUCUAGUUUUUAAAAACUUUAUUUUACUAAACGUUUGCCACGUCAUAACUAUAUUUUGGGCAAGUUGUGCACCCAAGGAAUAUUUUCGGGGUGCACUUUUAACUGUGACCACCCAUGAAAAAAUUCUUAUCAGUUUUUCCUGAUAUUUCAUCAGAUUUUGCAAAAAACCCCUUCCUCGUCACACUUCCUUCCUAUUCUAAACCGUUCUUUGUUUUCGAAUCAUACCACCAUUUUCUUUCAUUUUUUCACUGGUUCCAUUCACAUGUUAUUCACAUGUCUCUGCUCGUCUGCGUCUCUCUCGGGGCAUCCCUCUCUAAUUUUCUGCUGCUUUUCCCUCACUCCUUUUUCUUUGUCUGUUUAUUUUUUUCCUCGAAAUUUUCAUUUCGCACGGCGAGUUUUUCGUGUUUGUUGUUGUUGUUUUUGUUUUCGGCUCUUUCAUUAUCAAAAAAAAAAAUGAAUAAAACAAGACAAGACGAGACAGGUUGUCUAUUUGAUUUGAUUUGUUUUCUUUUCUCUUGAUACGGUCAAACAGAGUCAAAGUUCUAGUUUCCUUGUAAUCACGGUAGACAGUAAGCCAAUAUGGACCGAGGCUGAAUUUGGAAAAAAUCUGAGCCCUUGUUUUUCUGAAACGAAUUAGGCUUUUGCACAUUCGGCAUAGAUUUCGGACGAAAAAUUCGAAUUUUAAUUAACUGAUCCCUGUAUAGAAAUUUUAAUCAAACUUAACCUUCUCUGAAAACUUCAGAGUUCAAAUUUCCUGGCUUGAAAUAUGAUGUAGAAGUUUAGAUUCGCAUUUUCAAAAGAUAACGGUGAAACAUAAGCUCUAUAACUUUUCUGAUUGUUCUCUGAAUCUUGUCCAAUUUCCGCCCGGGUUCUCUCUUCAAUUUUCAAUUUCAACAUAAAAAAAUGACGCGAAACGCAAAAUUUCUUUAUCAAGUUCAAUUUGUUUGCAAAAUCAAAUAUUGUUUUAUCUUUUGAUCGCUGAAGUACAAAAUAGUUCCUCCUCCUCCUCCAAAUAUUUCCUCGUUUUUCUUAUUCAAUACAAUGACUUUCACUUGAUCAUCAUUUUUUUUGUUCCACUGUUAGAAGAAAUAAGAAAAAUGCAAAAAAGAGAAGAAGACGUUAUUGAUAAGCUUCUUUUAUGUCUAAUGUUAUUAUAGAUUUUUGCAAUUAUUUUGUGAGGAUAGUCUAGGCUUAGGCUUGAGAAGUUGCAUUUUUCGGGCUCUAAUUUGGCUCCGCCUCGAACUCACCAAAUAAACAAUUUCUGUAACUUUAGCAGUCAAAAGAACAUCUCAAGGGAUAAUUAUUCCAAAAAUUCCAGGCUGCAGAACUUGUCCUAAAUGACGUGACAAAGUUGCCAACACUGUCCGAAUAAUUAUCACUUGGAGGUUUCUUUCAACCGCUGAAGUUAUAGAAAAUGUUAUUUUUUUCGCAACCUUCCAUUACGACGAUUUUCCCCAAUUUUUCAUUGAAAACUUGAUAAUCCAAAAAUCACCCCAUAUUUUUCAAAUGCGCCCUAUUGAUAAGCUUUAUUACUAUAAUAGUAUGUUGUACCAGGUGUAUACAAAUAUAUAAAUACGCAUAUUUUCUUUUCCAAGUACACAUGUUCGAUCAUCAUUAUUUGAUAACACAGUAUUAUUAGUGGUUUUAUGACCCCCCGCUCAAAUAAUUAGAAAUAUACGUCAUUGGUCAAAGAGCGUGCAUUUUUAUCCAAUUUUUUGGGAAAAAAUGGGAUUUCAUUCAAUAUUGACUUUUUCGACCGUUUGUGUGUUCUUUGUUGAUUUUUUAAGGAAAAAAAUCAAAUAUUUUUUCGGGAAAAAAUAAGAGGCUUAUCUACAUAUUUCAUCGCUGAAAUUUUGGUUUUUCAGCUUGUAGCUUUGUGCGUCGCCUGAUUUUUCUAGCCUACAAUUUUGGAAAGGUAUUUUGUAGCUCGAUGGGAAUAAGUUGCUCCUGGAAGGUUCCGUUUUUCCCGAAAAUCAUGAUGGUAUGCAUUCCGAGAGAAGUACGCAGAAAUAAAUUACAUGUGCGAUAGAGCAAACUUAAUUGUCUGUGUGUUAUUUUUCUAUUUUUCAACGGAAAAAACGGUACCUUUCAGGAACACACUAUCCCCAUUGAUUUAGCACAAGUCCCCCUGAUGAAACACAAACCAUUUAACUAGAUCAAAAUCAUUUUUCAUCAUCACCACCCCAAUCUUUUCAUACUUUGUCCCCCUACUAAAAAAGAUAAGCCGAUCAACAAACGAAAGGCAUUUCAAUACAAAAAAAGAACAGUUUUCUUCGCCCCAGUCUUCCCCCAAACUUUGAAAAUCACGUGAUCAAUCUUUCCAUCCUUAGCUCCGCCCCUUUUCCAAGAAACCUUAUCUUUUUCUAAUUCUGAAUCAUUUCAUUUAUAUUCAGAAUGAUGCGCGUUGCGAUUCCAACAACUGCGGCCGCAGUUCCACGUUCAAUAAUGACGUCAUCGGCAGCAGCAACAUCGGAAAAUGGAAGUGGUGGAACGAAGAUAGCGACGGCGCAAGAAGAAGUGAAAAGGAUUUGGAGACGAGCAAAUGCUGUUUGUUUUGAUAUUGAUUCGACUGUUUGUCAGGUUAGUAAAGGAGUUUUUGAUAAACUAAUUUCAUGCUAAAAAUUUUGAAUUUCAUAUAAAUUCUGAAACAGUAAAUUUUUCUUCAUUGAAAAAUUAUAAAAAUUGAGUCACCAUUUUUUUUCGAAAUUUUUUGAAUUUCACAAAAAAAUUUUUUUGCUGAAACACUGGUCGGGAAAAAAUUAGAAAAAUAUUUCUCACUACAGAGAUUUUCUAACGAAACAUCAACAAAAAAAUUCAGUUAGAAAUUGGCAUCGGCUCAUUUGCUCAGGAUUUAACUAUAAAAAUAAUAGGCAUUGCUCAUAUUAUAUAAAUUUCGGUAUAAUUUUGCUGAAACAUUUUGUUUUCGAGAGCUACUAUAAAUUAAGAUUGCUCAUCUUAAACUCUAAUUAUUUCAGGACGAAGGAAUCGAUGAAUUAGCCGCAUAUUUGGGAGUUGGUGAAGCUGUUGCAAAUGUAACUAGAAAUGCAAUGAGUGGAAAUGGACGUUUUAGGUAUUAUAGGUUAGAAAAAAGAGAAAGCAUGGUGUGUGUGGAACUUUUUUUUAAAGCUUUUCUUCAAAAUUUUAACCCUAACGCCUUUUUUCUCUUUUUUUCCCCAGAAUUUUCAAGCUGAAAUAAAUAAUUUGUUUUUUCAGAGAAGCUUUGGCGGCUCGUCUUCAAGUUAUGAAACCGAGUGCUGAUCAAUUAGAACAAUUUAUUAAUAUUACUAAACCAAAAGUGAGUUUUUGUUCUGGUGAAAUUUUCAGGAAAUAAAAAUAAUGCGGAUUUUUUACGUUUCAAAAUUUAUAUUUUUAAACCGAAAAUUAUUGCAAAUUUAAUAGAUGUGUGAUAAAAAAAUUUAUAAUGAUUUUUUCAGCUAACCCCUGGAAUCAAAGAACUAGUCGCACGUCUACAUUCUCGUGGAACUAAAGUAUUUUUUAGUUUCUGGUGGAUUUCGACGAUUAAUUGUGCCAGUCGCCGAAUUGUUGGGCGUCGAAAAGUCGCACAUUUUUGCAAAUGAGAUUCUUUUUGAUAAAAAUGGAAAAUAUGCGGGUUUUGAUACAACUGAAUUAACUAGCGAUUCGGGAAGCAAAGAUGUGAGUUUGGAAUUGUUUUUUUUUUGAGAAAAUUGGGAUCUUUUUUGCAGACGGGUAAACCAGCAGUCAUCUCAUUGUUGAAGAAAAAAUUCGGUUAUAAAACAAUUGUCAUGGUUGGAGAUGGUGCGACUGAUGCUGAAGCAUCACCACCGGCUGAUGCUUUUAUUGGUUUUGGUGGAAAUGUGGUAGGUUUUUAUGAUCGGAAGCUUUGGCGCCGCGACAAAAUUACCCUAAACUGGCCAAAGAAGUUAAAACUUUACAUUUUCAGAUUCGUGAAGCUGUCAAACAACGUUCCAAUUGGUAUGUAACUGAUUUCGAUGUUCUUCGUAAAGAAUUGGAUCAUAUUGAUUCAUCGGAUUCCGAAUAA